CGUGUCUGAAUAUAAAGAGAAAGUAAAAGUAAAUAUCGCUUAUUCACUCUCACUCGACGCUGUCGCGGCAUUUUCAACGCAUUUAUCCUCAAGGAUCUCAUAGUUGUGUUUGUAAAUGCAGACAGAUUGAGUUAAUAAAGUCAGUGAAGUAUUUUUAAGAGUUUCUCAGGAUGUCUCGCGGUUCAAACGCUGGAUUUGAUCGACACAUCACUAUCUUCUCACCUGAGGGCCGAUUAUAUCAAGUCGAAUAUGCCUUCAAAGCGAUCACUCAGAGCGGCCUGACGUCUGUGGGCAUCAGAGGAAACGACUGCGCUGUGGUCGUCACACAGAAGAAAGUUCCGGAUACACUCCUGGAUGCAUCGACCGUAACAAACAUGUUUCGACUCACUCCACGGAUUGGAUGCGUCAUGACAGGACAUUACGCUGACAGUCGUUCUCAGGUGCAUCGGGCUCGCGUGGAGGCCGGCGAGUGGAAAUAUAAGUUCGGUUAUGACAUCACUGCGGACAUGUUGUGUCGUCGUAUGGCGGAUAUCUCGCAGGUGUACACACAGAACGCAGAGAUGAGACCGCUCGGCUGCUGUAUGAUUCUGAUCGCUAUGGAUCCACAGAUGGGACCCCUCCUCUAUAAAUGUGACCCUGCCGGGUAUUUCUGCGGGUUCCGGGCGACGAGCGUUGGGACGAAACACACGGAGGCAAACAGUUACCUGGAGAAAAAACUCAAGAAACAGCCUGAGCUCUCCUACAACACUACUGUAGAGAUGGCGAUCUUGUGUUUAUCCUCUGUUCUGUCCAUGGACUUUAAAUGCAGUGAGCUGGAGGUGGGCGUCGUCACUAAGGAAAAACCCAAAUUCAGGACUCUAACAGAAGCAGAAAUCGAGUCUCAUCUGGUAGCGAUUGCAGAGAGAGAAUAGUCUGUCUGAUUAUCACAUUUUUACAGUCCAAAUCAACUUUCACUUGAUCACACAUCUGAAACUCAUGAAGAACCAGCUGAUUGAACCUGUGUGUUUGACAGAGGUUAUUAGUGUCUGUUACUCAAUUUAUAAACCAGCAGACUUUAUCAAAUAAAACUAUCAUUUUACCUGUCUGAAACAGCCUGGUUCAAUAAUAUUCUCAGUACAUUCACACAUUUACUCUCUGUUUUAAUCUGUUAUAUGCAGUUCUCUCGUUCUCCACUCUGUGGCAAUAUUCCCUGUGAUUGUCCUAAUAACAGAGCUGAAAUGAGCCACAGCAGAAACACACCUUUAUUUGACACAUGCAGAUUGUUCUGUAAGCAACAAAAAUGAGAAACUGAACUUGUAUUGAACCUGGAAUAUUCCUAAGAUAUAAACACAGUCUCAAAAUUACACACCAGUUUGUACAAACGGACAUAUUAAAGCAGAAGCAUUCAGUCAUUCU